AAAAAAAACCAGUUUUUUUUUUUAAUAUUUUUAAAUUUGCAAAUCCCGCUUCUUCCUAUUUCUAGGGUUCAGCGCUCUUUUUUAUCCACUUAAGAACCCCUUCCUCUGUGAGCGGGAACAGUUGAUCGCUUCCGCAUUCCCCGGUGCUGAAAUUUUCGAAUUUAGCUAAUUUCAAUCUUCCCCGACUUGAGCGAUCACUACAGUCUUCCUCUUUCUGCAUUCAUGGAGAUAAGGUCGGAGCCCUCCUCCAAUGUUGGGGCACCGAAAUCCCCACCUUCUUCCCCAUUUCCCUCUGCACAGAACGCUUCCAUGGAGAUCAGCGAUUCGCAGGCUUCUCAUGGCUUCACCAUCAUUGCAGAGGAUAGUGGGAUAAAGCGCAAAAGAGGGCGGCCGAGAAGGUAUACUCCGGAUGAUGAAACGUCAUUGCAGGGCGCUGGUUCUUCUUCUGGAUUCACUGGUUUACCUUCUGCAGAUCGGUUGGAGACGAAGAAAAAGAGGAGGAAUAAGAAUGUGCGUUGGGGGAAGAAGAUUCAGAUGAAAGCUUUGGGACUAUCUGGGAUUGGAUUUACUCCACAUGUUAUUACAGUCAAAACUGGAGAGGAUGUGUCGACGAAGAUCAUGUCAUUCUCUAAUCAGGGAUCUCGUGCGGUAUGUGUUCUCUCCGCAAAUGGUAUCAUAUCCAGCGUCGCGCUCCACCAAGCUGCAACUUCUGGCGGAACAGUUGCAUAUGAGGGGCAAUUCGAAAUAUUGUCUCUUUCGGGCUCGUUUUCGCCGUCUGAAAGUUCGGGUCAGCCGAACCGAACCGGAGGGCUUAGCGUGUCGCUCGCUGGUCCUGAUGGCCGUGUAAUAGGAGGUGGAGUUGCAGGAGUUUUGGUUGCUGCAACUCCUGUACAGGUAGUUGUCGGAAGCUUCAUCCCCAAAGGCGGCGGACGUAAAGAGCCACUGCAACCGGUAAUCCACCCUGCAGGUGAGUCGGAGCCCGAGAAGCCUACUCAAGGCGGGUUCCCGGGACCGUCGAGCCCAAUCUCUCGAGGUGCAUCGAAUCCUGCUAGUCCUCAUAACCAGAGCACUAAUGGCGACAACCAUAAUGGAAAUAACAAUAAAGGCGUUCGAUUUAUUCAAUGGAAGUGAGGGAGUCUAAUAAAAAGCAUGCAAAUCUUGCAACCAGAAACCAUUUUGUUUUCUUUCAUCAGUGACUGCAGGUGUUAGUGAAACCUGUUUUUUGCAAAUAUUUUGUUUUUAGUUAUUUUUUGCUGUAGAUUGUGAAAUGAUAUUCUUAUUAUUUUUGUAGGGAAGUUAUGAUAAUUAUGUAUGGAA